ACUAAAUAUAGCUAACGUUAGCCUGCUAGCUAGCUAGUGCUUCGAUUUCAAGAUUGGAUUUUGUCGUUGUGUUGGCACCUACUGUAAUUAUGUCUACACAAUCGAUUUUUAAACCGGUGACCCAUGUUCUUUUCGACAUGGAUGGAUUAUUAUUAGAUACAGAGAGGCUGUACACGGUGUCAUACCAGGAAGUAUGCGACAGGUUUGGAAAGAAAUACACCUGGGACGUGAAGUCUUCUGUGAUGGGAAAGAAAGCUAUGGAGGCUUCCACCAUUAUACGAGACUCCCUAGAACUACCAAUGACACCAGAGGAACUUCUCAGUGAGACUAGAAAAAUUCAGGAGAAGAUAUUUCCUUCAGCUCAAUUGAUGCAAGGAGUGGAGAAUCUCGUCCACCAUCUCCGUAAACACAAUGUGCCCAUCGCUGUAGCGACAAGCUCAGCAGGCCUGGCGUUUGAGAUGAAGACCAGUCAGCACAAAGCCUUCUUUGACCUGUUCAGCCACAUCGUCCUAGGGGAUGAUCCCGAUGUGAAAAACAGCAAACCUCAGCCUGACUCCUUUUUGGUGUGUGCCAGCAGGUUCACUCCUCCUGCACCUCCGGCCACGUGCCUGGUGUUUGAGGAUGCUCCUAUGGGUGUUAAGGCCGGCCUGGCGGCUGGGAUGCAGGUUGUCAUGAUCCCUGAUGACAAACUGGACCGAGGCCUUACCCAGGAGGCCACACUGGUCCUGAGGACCAUGGUGGACUUCAAACCAGAGAUGUUCGGCCUGCCGGCCUAUGACUGAGCUCCAUCUCCGCUUCCUGCUCAGGGCUGAGAACCUCCAAUCCACCCCUGCUUUUUACCCUCCAUCUUCACCAUUUAGCCUGAUCAAAGCAAUGUAAUGAUGCUAAUCACAACGAUCACAAUGCUGAUCCAAAUUAUGCAAUGCCUGGGAAUUUGAUUGUUACUUGGAACUGUGAUCAAGUUGUUGUUAGUCGAAUAUUAAUAUUUUUGCUUUGGCCAAAUAAUGAGAACGGCUGAGAAUAAUGGUUGAAUUGUCAACAUAAUGAGAGGUCAUUUUUUUGUCUGAACCUUUUACACAGGUUGGUAUUGUAAGCAACUCGCUGCCGAUUAGUUUAAAGGCUUUUAUUGUGAUUUGGUUGUGCAUCCUAAAUGGCACCCUGUUCCCUACAUAGAGCACUACUUUUGACCAGAGUCCAACACAGUCAUUCUAGGUAAAGAUGUAUCCGUCUCUGAGUUAAUGUCCUUGAACAGAUUUCAUAACCAACUGCAGUUUAAGCUGUUCGAUUCUCCCUCUUUUCCCUGCUUCAUACCAUUUGCCACUCUUCUUUGAGCGGGGCCUAUUGAAAUGCCAAAGACACUUUUCCCAGCUUGGAUGUGUAAUCCAAUAAAGAUGGUGAGAGAAAUCUUCAGCUCUUUCAUCUUCACUCAUGUUUGCCUCAGCAGUGCUGCUGGAAUUCACAUGUUCUCUCUUCCCUGAGAAAACCCCCGAAACGAGUAGAGUUUCUGAGAGCUAAUGCGGAGCCCUGUUCCCCCACCUCCCUCAGGCUGUUGAAAUAGGAUUUCACUGCUGUAGUAUCCUUCCAUCCACUAUACGUCUUCCCCCUCCCGGCCUCCAUGCAUCCCUAGCCUUUCAUCCUCAACUUGGGCUAAUCUCUGAGGCUUUUCCUCCUCUCCUCCUCAUCACUCAGCCGUUUUACAAGUCAUUUAGCCCCUCAUGCCCUGAAGUGUGUGUGUGUGUGUGUGUGUGUGUGUGUGUGUGUGUGUGUGUGUGUGUGUGUGUGUGUGUGUGUGUGUGUGUGUGUGUGUGUGUGUGUGUGUGUGUGUGUGUGUGUGUGUGUGUGUGUGUGUGUGUGUGUGUGUGUGUGUGUGUGUGUGUGUGUGUGUGUGUGUGUGUGAAUAUCCACUGAGUGUACAAAACAUUAGGGCCAUGACAGACAGACCAGGUGAAUCAAGGUGAAUGCUAUGAUUGAUUAUUGAUGUCACUUGUUAAAUCCACUUAAAAUCAGUGUAGCUAAAAGGGGAGGAGACAAAUUGAGACUCUUCUGAGGGCACAAUGGGGUGCAACUCAAUAUUAAGAAGGUGUUCCCAAUGUUUUGUACACUCAGUGUAUAUGCAUGUGUGUGUCUGUACAUUAUGCAUGUAUGGGUGUGUAUUUAUGCAAUAAGUGUGAUGGUGUUGGAACAUUAUGUCUGGAAAAUGUAGUCAGAUCAGGGUAUGAAUGGUUCAUAAUGACCAAUGCCAUUUGCCACAGUCUAAAGGAGUUAUAUUUUGCUAUUUUAAAAUGCAUUUUCUUUGUAUCAAAUAAGUGACGACAGACAUUGUGGUAAAUGAUAGAAGUAGCUCAGUGCAGAUACAGUAUUCACGAGUAUUGUUGUAAAAUGCACAUGGAGUUACCAAGUGGGCAUUCAACAUGCAUUUUCUACUGCGUUUCUGUAAAAAUACACUGAAUAGUCCAUCUCAACAUAUUGCAGUUGCUAUUCACAAAGCAUAAUGUCCUUUUUGUUGGGACAUAAUAGCUUUUUCUCUUCUCUUCUGCUAGCAUUCAUCCUCCCCCUCAAGGUCUAUGACUAUGGUGAGCAGACAGAGGUACUUGGUCCGCCCAGGAGCAGCCUAUUGGCUACGUCUCUCAUCUGGGCAACCAAUCACCAUCAGUUUAGCCUGAUGAUCCAGCCACUACCUGCAUAGGAAAAGCACUCUGCAAUAACUGAUAUCAGAGCUUACUAUUCCACCUGUAAUGCUAGUCCACCUGACUGCUUGUGACUAGAAGGGCCCCAGUGGCUCCUCUCUCUCCUAGGAAAUUAGCAGUCUCUUCAUCUACUGCCAAUAACUAUUAUUUUAUCCCUCCCUCCUGACCUGAAACAGAGAGGAGAGCAAGUGAGGGAGGGAGAGAGGCUAGCUAACAUGUUUCUCAGGCCCGUCUUCACAUCAUGCCGGGGAGGGCAGAAGAGGGACGGUGGACCCCCAUUCAUUUUCAUCGUCAGUUGGUUUUCUAUACAGGAUUUUAUCAGCACUCAGACCAGUGUCACUCAACAGGGGAAGUUUGAAAAACAGACAUUGUAUUGAAUGACCUCAUUUUAGAAUGUUAUAAUAAAGCUUUUCUUUUGUUUUCAUCCUC